AUGAGUGCUUCUCAAUCAAAAAAUCGAACCAACCAGGAAGAAGAGGAUAUACCACCGAUCAGUCCACUACUCGAACCAUCCUACCAAUAUCCAUCGAGAGAUAACCAAAUCAGAGAAUUCGACUAUGGUCUUCGGAAACAUCGUACUAAGUUUCGUCUGCUCGUCGUCUUCUUGACUCUUUGGCCGCUACUCUGUUGGACGGGAAUCUUCCUUCUAUUCUCCGACCAUCCGGCGCUAUUCCCCAGCUCAUUAAGAGGCUCGAAAUCCACCCUGUUCGUUGUUGCCCAUCCGGACGAUGAAUGUUUAUUCUUUGCGCCCUCGAUCCUUGCUACCGUCCAACGAGCCAAAUCCCAUGGCGCACUACUUGUCAUGAGUUCGGGGAACCAUUAUGGACAGGGUGGUCUACGGAGGAAAGAGCUCUUGGGAAGUUGUAAACAACUCGGAAUUCGAGAAGAUCGCUGUGAUGUCUUAGAUAUCUCUAUAUGCCUUCCUAAGAAGUUUGCAUUCGUGCACCAUACAGAUGUUGAUUUGGACCCAAAAGAGGUCCAGAGUUUCUCAUGGGAAUCUAGCAGUAGCAAUAAAGCCUCUAAAGUGAUUCUGCAGACCUCCCAGAUCCCAAUAAGGUGUCACCCAAUUGCCCCCAUCUUGAAUGGUGACUGUUACAAAUGGUCUCUAGUAGAAUCAAAAUGGAAGCAUACAAGCCACAGUUGUCUGGACUGUUUCACCAUUGCUGGUCAGAGUUCCAUCAAUCACAAGAAACUUUUAGAUAAAAGCCAUGUUCCCCCUUGA